AAAAAAUCAAACAUCUUUUUAAACAUUUAUUGUACAUUUAUUUAUUAUAUAGAUAGUAAAAAUCUAUUUAAAGUUCAAUCGAAUUCGUUUUACUAAUUAUUCUAGAUUAAAUUUUAUAGUUCAUGAAUGAGAGAAUGCAUUUAGUAUUUAACAGACAGUGCUGAUGAAGAAUUAGCUAACAUUUGCAAUUUUACCAUGAAGAAUUACUAUCUGGUAAUUUACAAUCGAACAAGACUCACUAUUGAAGUGAUUUUAAAAGCAUGAAGAAAAUACAGCAAUAAAUAAUUCAUCAAAUAAAAUAAUUUUUCUUGGUAAAAACCGAUAUAUAUUAUAUACAUUCAUCAUGAAUUCUGUAAUUAUAUUUGCUCUAACACUUGUCAUAUUACUUAAUGUAAAAUAUGGAUUAUUGAUAUCACAGCAUCCAAAGUUAUUAGUAGUAUCAUUUGAUGCAUUCAGAUAUGAUUAUUUUAACAGAAACUUAACACCAUUUAUGAAUAAAUUAAGACAUGAAGGCACACAUGCAGAUUAUAUGAUGAAUAUUUUUGUCACAAAAACAUUUCCCAAUCAUCAUACAAUGGCUACAGGAUUAUAUGCAGAAACACAUGGAGUUAUAGAUAAUGAAUUUUAUGAUGUUAUUUCUGGAAAUAUAACAAAAUAUUCAUAUAAUUUGUAUCAUUAUGAUAAUAAAGUUCUUCCUAUUUGGACUGCUAAUGAAAAAGGAGGUGCACAAAGGCGAAGUGGCUCAAUGAUGUGGCCUGGUGGCAUUUAUGAAUAUCAAGGAAUAACUCCUACAUUUACACAGAAUUUUAAUGAAAAUGUACCUUGGGAAGAAAGAAUAGAUACUUUAAUAUCAUGGUUUAUUCAUCCUAUACAUCCAAUUAAUUUUGGAAUAUUAUAUAUUGAAGAACCAGAUUAUCACGGUCAUGGCAUUGGAAUAAAAGGACUUGAAUUUGAUAAUAUUCUUAGAAAAUUAGAUAAUAUAACUAAAUAUCUUCAUAACAAGAUAGAAUACCAUGGCUUAAAUGAUCUCAAUGUUGUUCAUUUGAGUGAUCAUGGAAUGGCAACUGUUAAGUUAGAUAGAAUAAUAGAUCUAACAAAAUAUAUUAACAGUUCUGAUUAUAAAUUUGUGGGUACUUCACCGGGAUUACAUAUUUUUCCUAAUCCUGGCAAAGAAGAAACAAUUUAUCAAACAUUAAAACAAAUGGCAUCAAAAUUGAAAACAUUUAGAGUUUAUAGAAGAGAGGAAAUUCCUAAAAAAUAUCAUUAUGGAAAUAAUACACGUAUUGGUCCUAUUUUUGUUAUUGCUGAAGUGGGAUAUGCAUUUCAAAAUCUUCUUGACAAUAUUGAGUUUUAUAAAAAGAAAUUUAAUAUUACAGUAAACAAUGAUUCAGAAUUUGGUCUGCAUGGUUAUGAUAAUGAAGCUAUAGAAAUGCAUCCUUUUUUUUUUGCGAAAGGCCCUGCAUUUAUAUCUAACUGCAAACUUGAACCUUUUAAUAAUUUAGAUUUAUAUCCAUUAUUCUGUAAAAUACUUGAUCUUCAAUGUCCUAUAGUAAAUGGUACUUUAUCGCAUUUAACCAAGUGCCUUAAAAAACAUCAGCAGGAUAUUACAGUGAUUGCUUAUCGAAUGAUAUUUAUAGCUACCAUCAUAUCCAUGUCAAUGGUUGGAGUUAUAGGAGCAAUAGUAAUGUUCUAUAUGAGAAAACGACGAUUGGGAGUUAGAAGUUACAGAAGAAUACUGGAAGAUUUGGAAGCACAAUACCAUUGGGAUGAAAAUCACGAUAUUGAAAAUGCUACUUGCAAAUUAAACAAUUUUCCAGAUUUAUUCAUAAUUUCAUGCUACGUGAAGAAUAAAUAUUUGUACGCAUAUAAAGGAAAUGUUAAGUAUAGGAAAACUCUGUUUCAUUGUAGGUGACAUAUAUUUUACUCAUUAUAUGGUUAAUAUAUUUUUAUAUACAUAUAAAUGAGAAAAUAAUUCUGUGAUAAAAGGAAAAAAAAUUGAUACUUUCAAAUGUGAAUUUUUUACAAAUAAUGUAUAUAGUGAAUAAUCACUAUUAAGUCUUAGACAUAAAAAUUCAGUUUUCGUAAUAUUUCCUUGACAAAAUUCUUA